AAAAAAAUCCAGCAGUUCAAAAGUUAACAAGGGAGAGGUUACUUUAUGAAGACAAUCAAACUAUUUCAGGUCAGGUGAUGGAUUCCUUAGCAACUCCACUAGCAGGAUGGGUUCUCGAUUACUUCGGACAUCGUAGAAUUUGGCAUUUUGGAGGCACCAUAGCUGUAUCAAUAGGAUUCUGUCUGAUAUUCUCAUUGGAUCCAGUGACAUUCAGUAUGGCAGUAUUCGUGUACUAUAUGUUAGCCAUAACGCUGUUCCAAGUUGGUUGGGCCAUGGUACAAAUUUCACAUUUGUCAAUCAUUCCUGAAAUAUCUACCAGUCAUACACAUAGUUCUGAAUUAACUGCUAUCAGGUACACAGCAUCAGUUUGUUGCAGCAUCUCUGUAUAUUUGAUUACGCUGAUUAUCUUAGGCAAUGAUGGUGAAACAGAAGUAAUCGGGCCAAGUGAUUUUUACAAAUUCAAAGAGAUUGCACUGAUAAUAACAUUCAUCGGUCUUCUAUCAUCGAUGCUGUUCUACUGUGGAUUGCUGGGUACCUACGAAAAUGAGUAUGAAGUGAUCAGAGAAGCUGAUCCAGAGGACAUGAAACAACCCAGCAAUCAAAUCGGCAAGCAUGUAUUGAGAUCUUGUGUCAUAUACCUUGUGUCCAUUAUGUAUAUGACCUCAAGACUUUUCACAACUUUGAAUCUCAUUUACAUGCCUCUGUACAUAGAUGAAAGAGGCUCCUUCAAUGUUGAGAAUAAAGAGAGAAUGAGACAAACUAUAGCCAGUGUUCCGUUGGUAUCCUACAUUGCAUCGUUUUUGACAGCCAUAUUCUUGAAAUUCAGAUUACGAAUUUUAACUGAUAAAGUAACCUAUUUUCUGGGAUCAUUGUGCGGUUUGAUGGCAUCAGUUUGGAUAGGCAUUGGCAUAUCGGCCGUAUUAGAUGCUGAACUCUACAUAAUAGCCAUUUCCAUAGGUAUCAGUAGUUCAUCAACCAUGGUAUCCAGCUUGUGCAUAACUGCCAAUUUCGUCAAAAGAAAUGGUUAUGGGGGUGGACUAGUCUACAGCGUGGUCACAUUCACAGACAAGCUGAUUUCUGGCCUAGUCGUCUUGAUUGUCCAAAAUUUACAAUGCAGUCCAAGAAGCUUGUGUCCGAAUUUCUACAAAAACGUACUGACUUACAUAGGUGCCGUCGUCUCUAUACUGGGAUUACUGUCGCUUGCGUUACUGCAAUAUCACCUGAAGAAAAAUGUCCUGAAGAUGAAACCCGAAACUGGUCAUUGAUAAAGGUCGAUCUGCAACACUCACAUUAUUAGGACGCUCUUUCACUUGAUCCUUUAGGAGAAAACUGAUGAAAAAUCAAGACAAACAUUGAUUCAAUGAAUCUAUUAGACAAGCCAUAACUUCUAGAAUAUUGGGUGUAUCGGUUUUGAAUUUUAAAAUGGAACACCCUAUAUAUACAGGGUGAGUCAUGACUAACCAGCCAUAGCAUAAUGGUGGAUAGAGGGCGUCGAGGUGAGUUGAUAUACAGGGUGGCCCACGAGGUUUUGGCCAGUCGAUAUCUCGAAAACUAUUUGAACUAUAAUUUUGCCUAUUCGUAAAAUAAAUAUACAGGGCAUUGUUUGAAUUCGGGACGUACCUU